UUUGUGUGCGCAGUGGAAGCACUAAAAGAAAUAGCAACACAAGUGGGAAAAAAAGACUGGAACUUCAGCAUAGAUCCAUGCAGCAAUGACACAAAUUGGGCUAAUCCAGAAUAUGAUUACUGGGGCAACAACAACACUCUCAUAUGCAACUGCUCCUACCCUGAUGGUUUCUGCCAUGUUGUCAGCAUUUUUCUUAAAGGGCAAGAUCUUGCUGGUGUAGUUCCACCAUCCGCUGCAAAGUUACCCUACCUAACAAGAGUUAGUUUCACCAGGAACUACCUCAGUGGUACUAUACCGCGUGAAUGGGCUUCUACAAAGUUGGAAUUUCUGUCCGUGAAUGUGAACAACUUAUCAGGACCAAUCCCUGGCUACUUGGGGAACAUUAAAACUCUAAUCCAUCUGGACUUGGGGACUAACCUGUUUUCUGGAACUCUUCCUCCUGAGCUUGGGAAUUUGGUUAACUUGGAGAAUUUCAUUCUCAGUGCAAACAAUCUCACACGAGAAUUGCCAGUGGCUUUUGCUAAUCUGAUUAAAUUAGGAGAAUUUAGGAUUAGCAGUAACAACUUCACGGGAAAAAUACCUGAUUAUUUGGAAAAUUUUAAACAAAUUGAGAAAUUAGAGAUCCAAGCUAGUGGUCUCAGUGGGCCCAUUCCGUCUAGCAUUUCUGUCUUGAGUAAUUUAAUAGUGCUAAGGUUCAGUGACUUAAAUGGAGGGGAAUCAAAAUUUCCAAACUUGAGUAAUAUGAGGGGCAUGGAAUACUUAAUGCUGAGGAGCUGCAAUUUAUAUGGACCUAUCCCUUCUUAUAUAUCAGCAAUGGGAGAUUUGACUACAUUAGAUCUCAGCUUCAACAAAUUGGAAGCAAAUAUUAAUAUUUCUGACUAUGAACACGUGCAGUACUUGUAUCUAACAAGCAACUGGCUCACCGGGUCUGUUCCAGAGUGGGGUCCAUCCUAUACAGAUAAUCGCUACCUGACAGAUAUUUCUUACAAUAAUUUUUCUGAGAGCUCUGAGCCAACUAAUAAUUGCCGAGAAACACUAAACCUGUUUAAAAGCUUUUCUGCACAAAGAAACUUAGAGUGCUGGAAGAACUUUCCAUGUCCAGAAGAAGAUCAUUCCUCGUUGCAUAUAAAUUGUGGUGGAAAAGAAACCACCAUUGGAGGAGUCACCUUUGAAGAGGAUCAAGACCCAGGAGGUGCAGCAACAUUCGUUCCUCGGAGAACUAUCUGGGGAACCAGUAGCACUGGAGAUUACUGGGAUUCUUACUCCUUUGAUACAGACUACAUUACAAAUAAUGUAUCUAUACUUACAAUGAACAACUCUGAGUUGUACACAAGUGCACGCUUCUCUACUCUUUCUCUCACGUAUUAUGCACGCUGCUUUCGAAACGGCAAUUACACCGUGAAACUUCACUUUUCGGAGAUAACGAUCAGAGGCAAUAGAUCUUUUCGUAGUGUUGGAAGACGGAUAUUUGAUAUUUAUAUUCAGGAGAAACUGGUGUGGAAGGAUUUUGAAAUUAAAAAGGAAGCACACGGCGUUGAUAAAGAACUCAUUAAGGAACGUAAAGCAGUUGAGGUUAAGAAUAAAACUUUAGAGAUCCGAUUUCAUUGGUCUGGGAAAGGGACAACAGCUUCUCCAAAGAGAGGAACAUAUGGUCCUCUUAUAUCUGCUAUCUCUGUAGAGCCUGAGUUCAAGCCUCCUCAUGGUAGCAAAAGCAAGGUACCUAUUGUAGUGGAAGUUUCAGUUGGAGCUUCGGUCUUGUUCCUCAUUUUCCUGAUUUUCGGCAUUCUUUGGUGGAAAGGCUGUCUGGAUAGCAAGAUAUCUAGGGAAAAAGCUCUGAGAGGACUGGAUCUGCAAACUGGUUUUUUCACCUUCAAGCAAAUUAAAGCCGCCACUAAUAACUUUGAUCCUAUAAACAAAAUCGGUGAAGGCGGUUUUGGAUCUGUCUACAAGGGUAUAUUAUUGGAUGGUACUAUAAUUGCAGUUAAGCAACUAUCAUCCAAAUCAAAGCAAGGAAAUCGGGAAUUUGUGAAUGAAAUAGGCAUGAUUUCUGGUUUACAACAUCCAAAUCUUGUUAGAUUGUAUGGAUGCUGUAUUGAAUCAAACCAGUUACUGUUGGUAUAUGAAUACAUGGAAAACAACAGCCUUGCACGUGCUUUGUUCGUUCCGGAGGAAAGUCCUUUAAAAUUGGACUGGCCUACAAGGCAGAAAAUAUGCAUAGGCAUAGCAAGAGGUCUGGCUUUUUUACAUGAGGAAUCAGCACUGAAGAUUGUACAUAGAGACAUUAAAACUACAAAUAUAUUACUAGACCGAGACCUUAACUCCAAGAUCUCGGACUUCGGGUUGGCCAAGCUUGACGAAGAGGAGAACACCCACAUUAGCACUAGAGUUGCUGGAACUAUAGGAUAUAUGGCGCCAGAAUAUGCACUAUGGGGUUAUUUGACCGAUAAAGCAGAUGUCUACAGCUUUGGUGUUGUUACUGGAAAGAGCAACAUGAAAUAUCGACCAAAUGAGAACUUUGUAUGCCUUGUGGAUUGGGCUCUUGUUUUACAACAAAAAGGGGAAUUAUUGGAGCUGGUGGAUCCAAGGUUGGGGUCCGAUGUGAGUGAGGAAGAGGCCAUUAGGAUGAUUAAAGUUGCUCUCUUAUGCAUCAAUGCAGCACCAGCGCUUAGGCCUACCAUGUCUGCAGUAGUGAGUGUGCUUGAAGGGCGUACGGCUGUUCAUGAAUUGGUCACGGAUCCAAGUACUUACAGUGAUGGACUGAGGCUAACAGCCUUGACAAACCAGUUUGAUCACAAUUCAUCACAGAAUCAAAGUCAAACUCAGAGCCUUAUUCUUUCAUCAUCAGAUGCACCAUGGAUUGGUUCUUCUGCUACUACUACAUCUUCUGAUCUCUAUAAAAUCAAUCCCAGUACUAGUUCUUGCUAAUGUA